AUGACUUUUUUGAAGUACUUCCUUUCGAAGAGUGCACGUGAUAACUUCUGUAUUGGUCAAAGUGAAGAUGUAUUUUAUGUUUGUUUCGAAACAUCUGUCGUUAUUGACGAAGAUGAGUACUUCUUGACAGGAUAUAACAAUCACAGGCUUAAUACUAGCGGAUUCAAGAUAGAGACUACUAUAUCAGACAACAAAUUACAUUUCAACUACAAAAGUUCAUUUCUAGACGAAAAAUUUUUCAUUCUUAAAAACAAAGUUUUGAAUUUUAGUAAUAAUAUUACCGCUGAAAAAACGUACAUUAGUGAAGAUAAAAACCUUAUAAUAAAAUAUCAAAAUACAUGCUUCUCAAUUGAUUUAACGAAAUUCUCAACAAUUUCAAACAACCCAGUCUCCUUUUUCUAUCAAGAUGCUAUUUCUGAGAAUUAUAAUGAUAUUAUUCUAUAUAUGCCAAAAAUAACCUUUCCAAAAAGUAAUCAAUUGCAAUUUGAUCAAAAAGUUGUCGAAAAUAGAAAAUUAUCAGAAAUAAUAGAUGACUCACAGAUAAAACUAUCAAUCACAUUAAAGCCUUUACAUAAAUAUAAAAUUAACUUCCCGACUUCUAUAAAAAUUGGUGGAAGUAUUACACACAAUUCUGAGUAUGUUGAUCUUCACUAUUCCAUCAAAGAUUACUCAAUACCAUUUCAAUCUAGAGUUAUUAUGAACAAGAAAGUAGAUCAAGAUUUCUUCUACAGAUUGCCUCUCUUUGCAAAUUUAAGUGAAAGCAUAAAUAAAGUUCAAGAAAUAUCUAUCUUUGGAGAAGAUGAACAGAAUAUAAGAUCUGAAACCCAAAAAUUUUCUUUUAUAUUAAUUUUUCCAGAAGUUGAAUGCACAGUAGAUCAUGAAGAUGUUCAGUUCAAAAUUGCUAAAGAAAAGUACUUAUGGCUUUCUUUUUUAGUUGAUGUAUAA